AGUCCUCCUCUUGCAGCAGCAGCAGCAGCAGCAGCAGCAGCAGCAGCAGCAGCAGCAGCAGCAGCAGCGUGUUUCCAGAGGAGGGGGACUCGGUGCAGAAAGAGUUAAGCAGAUGUGGGGCUCGGAGCUGCCAUGGAUCCACCUCCACGGAGCUGCGGCGCCUCCUCACACAGCUGACUGGAAACACAGGUACUCUGUCCGAACAGGCUGCCGGCUCGGACUUGUUGAUCUACCGGACAGGAAAAUAAAUAAAUAAAUAUAAAAAAGGCAGGCAGGAGAGAGAGGCAAGCGCGACAUGCGGAGCGGGAAGCCGGGGCGGAUGGGCUCUGAAUCGAGCUGAAGAUCUUGCACUGAAAACAUUCUGCCAUGUCGGAGGCAGAGGAGGAGGAGAUGGGUUAAAUCCUGGCAACAUCGACGUCUCCUGUGUUUUUUUUCUUUUUUAAUCCCUUUUUCAUUUUAAAUGCUUUUUUUUCUUCUUCUUCAGUUUCAUGGCUGCAAAUUGAUCCAGAGCAGGAUGACAACAUCCCACCACGAUACCAAACCAGAAGAUAAGAUCAGCUGCAGUCUCUAGUCCCAGAUGUUUAUGCUUCCUCAACUCAAAGUCAUCAUGGAAAAGUCCUCGGAGUUAAACAAAGCCGGAUCCCGGUCGACAUCGUCGCUGCCGCCGGAACCGGUGGACAUCAUCCACAGCAAAUCGUGUUACCGCAGGGUCCGGCUGAACGUUGGGGGGCUGCCACACGAGGUCCUGUGGCGAACGUUGGAGAGGCUGCCACGAACUCGCUUGGGCAAGUUGAGAGAGUGCAGCUCCCACGAGUCUCUGAUGGAGGUCUGCGACGACUACAACCUCGAGGAGAACGAGUACUUCUUCGACCGGCAUCCGGGGGCGUUCACGUCCAUCCUCAACUUCUACCGCACGGGCAAACUGCACAUGAUGGAGGAGAUGUGYGCCCUGUCCUUCAGCCAGGAGCUCGACUACUGGGGCAUCGACGAGAUCUACCUGGAGUCCUGCUGCCAGGCCAGGUACCACCAGAAGAAGGAGCAGAUGAACGAGGAGCUGAAGCGGGAGGCGGACAAUCUGAAGGACAGGGAGGGAGAAGAGUUCGACAACACUUGUUGCGCGGAGAAGCGGAAGAAACUCUGGGAUCUCCUGGAAAAGCCAAGCUCUUCUGUCGCAGCAAAGAUCCUGGCCAUCAUCUCCAUUCUCUUCAUCGUUCUGUCCACCAUCGCCUUGUCUCUGAACACUCUCCCAGAGCUGCAGGGCACGGACGAGUUUGGCCAGUCCACAGACAACCCACAGCUGGCGCACGUGGAAGCCGUGUGCAUCGCCUGGUUCACCAUGGAGUACCUGCUCCGCUUCCUCUCCUCGCCCAAUAAAUGGAAGUUCUUCAAGGGCCCUCUUAACGUCAUCGACUUGUUGGCCAUUUUACCCUACUAUGUCACAAUCUUCCUGACAGAAUCCAACAAAAGUGUGCUACAGUUUCAGAACGUCCGCCGCGUGGUUCAGAUUUUUAGGAUCAUGAGGAUUCUGCGGAUACUGAAGUUGGCUCGUCACUCCACAGGUCUUCAGUCUCUGGGCUUCACUCUUAGGAGGAGCUACAAUGAGCUGGGCCUGCUCAUUCUUUUCCUGGCCAUGGGCAUCAUGAUCUUCUCCAGUCUUGUAUUUUUUGCUGAGAAGGAUGAAGAGGAUACAAAGUUUAAAAGCAUUCCAGCUUCUUUUUGGUGGGCUACCAUUACUAUGACCACCGUAGGCUAUGGGGAUAUCUACCCCAAAACUCUGUUGGGAAAGAUUGUCGGGGGAUUAUGCUGUAUUGCUGGAGUACUUGUAAUUGCCCUGCCUAUCCCCAUCAUUGUAAAUAACUUUUCUGAAUUCUACAAAGAGCAGAAGAGGCAAGAAAAGGCUCUUAAAAGAAGGGAAGCCCUGGAAAGAGCAAAAAGAAAUGGUAGCAUUGUUUCUAUGAACUUGAAGGAGGCUUUUGCUCGUAGUGCAGAGCUCAUGGAUGUGGUGGUAGAGAAAAGUGAGAGACCUCAAGACAACCACCUUUCUCCAAGUCACUGGAAAUGGACAUCCAAGAGAGCUGCAUCGGAGACAAGCUCAAAUCGAUCUUUCAACGCCCAGGAGUUAGGCUCUCCAUGUGAGGCUCGAGCCACCAGUCCCCAAAGGCUAAAUGUUGAGAAACUAGAGGAAAUGUACAGUCAGAUGGCAAAGACGCGGUCACAACCCAACCUCAACGCUAAAGACAGAGGGUCCAGAGCAGGGAAACAAAGGGAUGAAAUAGAACUUGGGACCAUUCAAAAUCAUGGACCCUUGGCACUGGGAGUUGGGGAUAUGAAAAGCUUAUCUAGCAUUGAUAGCUACAUCAGUUGUGCAACAGAUUUCCAAGAGAAUCCCCGCUUCCCCCAUAGUCCAGCACCAGAACUUGGUCUUCAGGAAAGCAGUCGGUUCACUUUUGGUCCAGCUACGGGUUUGUCCCAGCACAAUAGUACAAAAGUUGGCCAGCAAUUGUUAGGGCAGUACGAGUCCAUGCUAACAUCUGUGUCAAAGUCCACAUGUUCUGAGAAUCCAAGAAAAUUUUUCUUUUCUGGAAACUCCUCUAAAAGCCUUAAGGGAGGCUGCUGUAGCGACGGAGAUUCUGGGCCUUCCCCACUUUCAGACAGCUCUGUUUUGUCGGACCACUCUCUUUUAAGUCCUGAAGUAUCAGUGUACACCACUGCCAGCAGCAGAACCCCUCCGAAGUCACCAGAAAGCACUGCCGUGGCCCCAACUGUCUUCACUUUCCAUGACUCCUCCAUUAGCAAAUACAUCGACGCCGACACGGAUGACGACGAACACCUCCGGGACAACAAUGAGGCCAGUCCGUCGGAGCGUCUGCUGGCCAGUGCCAGCCCAAAGCGCAGUAUUAACAUUCAUUACCAGAGAGGGACUAAUCACUUAGAAGCAGCUCAGAAAAUGCUGGGUCAGAAUUGUCUCUUCCCCACCGAAGGGAUUCGUGGGAAAACUCAUGGGAAUCAUAUAGGACCUGAGAUGACACGUAGACCAAAGGUUGAGAGGGGACGACAAAACCCUUUGGAUAAAAGCCUCUGAGGUACUAGAAAAACAGUGGCACAAAAAGAAGUUGGGGACAAAGUGUUUGUUAUAAAGACACUUGACAAGCUGAAACACUUUAUGAGCCAGAGACGAAAGAAAGAAGGAGCGAUAAAGGCUCUCCUGUUUCAGAAAAUGCCUAAGCUUGCCAUUAGGGCAACAAGCUCUGGGUUUAAUGUGUGUGGCAAAUACUCUGCGAGAGACACUUUUAAAUUGGAGGAUGUCACUGCCCCUCAUUCAGCUCAUUCCUGUUAGCGGUUUUUCAAACACAGAAAAAAAGAGCACUCCCUAUUAGCCAAUGAGCUUGUUCACAGAAGCAGAGUCAGCAGAGAAUAUGAGCAGCAGCUAUAUUUGGUAUAACACACACAAAAAAGAUCAUUUYUAGCCAAAAGAGUGGCUUCUCUAUAUUCUCUAAAAUGAAAGUUCACUUUCUUGUACUGACUCCCAGCUCAUUUUUUGUUUCACUUUUGGAGAUACAUGAGAGAACCUAUAGCCUAUAAGCUGCUUACUCGUGCCCUCCUUUCUUAAAACUGGCCUUAGUCAUUUACAUGUGUAGAGGUGUGAGUCUGGAUAUUUGGGUGUGAGAACAUGUGACUAUGAAUGAGUGAUUUAUGUAAACACAAUCUUAAAAACCUGAUUUAUUUUUAUAUAAAUAAGAGAAAGUCCCUUAUAGAAAGUGAUUUGCUAGUUUGCUAUGUCAUAAUUAAAUGUGAUAUGUGUCUUUCUCCACAGUUAUCAAAGGUUCCAGAUCAUUGUUUGUUUAUUCAGCCACUUUCUUUAACACAAUGCUUCAGAUGUUUUAAAGUGGAGUACUGUGGAAAAGUUUUGGCAGUCAGUCAGUAUCAUGCCUGUUGUAGAUAUAUAUUUGAAUAAGCUCAAACUGGAGAAAUAGAUUUGAAUUCCAACUAAAACGGUCAAGUUACCAACUAAUCUGAGCAAAUUGCAUCGCUACCAUCUUUAAGUCCAAUAUCAAUAAAAAGUUAAUGUGAAACGGUCUUUUAAAAAACAGUUUUGCAAUUAUUUAUGUAGAAUUUUAUUAUUAUUUGSAAGCGCAAAUAGUGGCAGCAGCAGCUAGCUGGGGCACUUUCAAGAGGACCAUUAUACACAUUUCUGCCAGAAUAAACUGCUGAGAAAAUUUUGAGAUUAUUUAUUUUUAUGUAGCAACAAUUUACUUGAAUCUUUGAACCACUUGGGCUAGGCUUGUCAAUCUGAUCAGCAUUCAACCCAAAAUUUCAAAAGUGAGUUUAUUUAAAGAGCUAUCUGUAACAGGUAAGAUAUUAAUUGUUAACAGCUUUUCCACAAACACCCCUGUAAAAGAACUGAACUAUUGUUGUAUCUAUCAUGCUAACCCCUAAGCUAACAUUUAAUGAAUGAAUGGAUACUUUGACAUUUAUCCUGCUGAAAGGAGUAUCAGCAUCUCUAUAUGUUUUAUAUGAUGAUAAAGGUUGCCUACGAGUUUCCUCUUUUGCACAAAGUGCACAUGAAUGCAUGUUCCCACCCCACCAACAUAGAAACACACAAUACUUUUCUGUUUGUUUGCAUAGAAGUAAAGAAACACUGAAUGUAGGAAGACCCUCCAAAGGUUUUGCAACUUACAAACAUGAUUUGUAGAUCUCAGUGGCAAAUCUUUAGCAUGCAUCGGCUAUGAACUGCCUAACAGGAAAGAAGUCAGAGUAAAAACUUUUGUUGUUUCAAUUAGCAGAAGAUAAGUUACUAACAAAGGGAAAGUUGUCUUUAUUCCUACCAUGUUUCUAAAAUAAUUUAUAUAAACUCUAAUAGCACUAUACUGGGCUGGUUUUAGCACCGACUAGUUCCAGUUGCCAUAAUAAWCAAAGUUGUUUCUAAGCACACACAAACCUGUUGAACAAAGCUGCCGGUGUGGCCGACAAUCUAGUUUCCACGGGGACGAAGAGACGUCCACAAUGGCUUGAAACAGCUGAGGAUUUUAUCGAUYGGCKUGUUGAAUGUCUGCAUGUAACGUACGCUCAUACACAGACUUCCUUUCAGAGUCAUGCAUCUUUAAAAYGGCGGGUAUCCACAGUGGCUGCAUGUUGGAGUCAUUCCUCACUGUGUGUCUGCAUGAACUGUAACAGCAAGUUGUGUCUGAAACGUCUGCAGCAUCUCAUAAACAGCAUCAUUUAGCUUCUGGACUCCUCUCAAAUGGAUUAGAAAAUACUUUUUUUACCACCUGUUUCCACUGCCACACACAAGUAGUUUCUAAUGAAAAGAAAAAAAAGAUUUUAAAAACUGUAUUUUCAACAAAAAUGCCACCAAAAAGAGCAAAAUCCAUCAUAAUGUGUUGUUUUAGUCAUAUAGGUCCAAACACGGCACACGAUGGAAUUCUUCAACAAAAACAAAAAAGUUACAAGAAUGUGAAGCAUAAAACACCCUGUUAAAGGAAACCUAUCAUCUGAGGGUUCAGUGGAGUGAAUGAAUGAUGAAUGAAUGAUGUAGAUUAAUGACUGAACAAAGCAUUAUCUUAAAUGUCAUUCCACAGCAGAAGAGCAUUAGAUCACUGUCCUUCACUGGGAAGAAUUAAGGAGGAAAAGUUUAAGAGAAACAAACUGCAAGAAAAAUAAAUACAAUAUUUAAAUAAUUUCAUAAAUGCAAAACUUUCAUGGCAGAAAAACCUCAAGCACAUAAGUAUUAAAAUAUGUUAUGCAUAAUAAAUAAUUAUAUUAGUAUUUGCUAAAUUGUUGUAAUUCUAAAAUCACCAUACAAUAUUAUACUACUCAACAAACACAAAACCAUUUAUCUCCAAAUUAUUUCAACUACUAUAAACUAAAGAUUUAAUUGGGAAACAUCAUUUGGGAAAAUGGUGUUCAGUUCCUYUGUAUAAAUUUAAUAAAAAUAAUACCUCAGUCAUUUAUUGACCCAAAUAGGCUGCUGCAAAUUACAAACUAAAAAGCCAAUAAACUGUUAUGAAUACAGUUUUGUUUUGAGGUAAAAUUAAAUUCCAAAGUCAACAGUGGAUGAUUGACAUAGUUAUUUAUUUAUUUUAUUUUUUAGUUCUGGUUAGGAGUGUAAUCACAAAUCCCGAUUUGAUUUCCUGUUUUAAUCACAGACUUGGACCGUUUCAUAUUGCUCUCCCAUAGUGAGAGGAGCUGAGGUGUGAAAGGAAUAGCAAUGACUGUGAGAGGCAGAGGAAGCCGUGUGUGUGUGUGUGUGUGUGUGUGUGUGUGUGUGUGUGUGUGUGUGUGUGUGUGUGUGU